AUGCUCUUCUCCCUUACCAAGAUUUUCCUGUAUUUGUUCAUUGCGACAGUCGCCCAAGCUGGGAGAAAUGGCUACAUGAGCUAUCCAUGUGCCGCGUUCACUCUGCCGACAUCCAACCUGCCUGCGCCCGGUGUAAACCUCACGGUCACUUAUGUUUCCCUUGGCCAUGGUAUCCAAAAUUACACGUGUGCCUCCGAAAACGCAACAGCCACUGCCAUCGGCGCCCUUGCCGUCCUCUACGACAUUACUUCCCUAUACCCUGGAGUCACCAGUACCAGCCUGUCCGCCGACGAUUUCGACGGGCUCUCCGCAAACGUGCUAUGGAACAGUGAAAUCCCCUUAAACCUCAUCGACGCGGCAGCUGCAGCCCCCGGCUCCUCUGUCCCCGAGCCGGACUACCAGGCCGACCCCGUCAGCCCGUUCCCCGUCUCGCCAUCCGACCUGGCCUGCGACGGCAUCAGCGCCAAAUUCCUGGGUUUGCACUACUUUGAUGCUGAGUCGUCGCCCACGUUCGACUUGGUCGGCGGGACGGACCCGGCGGGCCUGUUCUUCAGCGGAGCCAAGACAGGGGACGUCAAGGCGCCGACAGAUGCGGACCAAGGCGUGCUGGCCACUGGCGCGGUCAACUGGCUGCAGCUUAGCGACAACGGGCGCGGCCUGACGAGCAAAGUCGCCCAGGUCUAUCGCGUCGUCACGGCGGGCGGAGGAGCGCAGGCGUGUUCGGCCAGCGGUGCGAACGAUUCCGGGCAGGUGUUAAGCGUACCAUAUACUGCCCAGUACUGGUUCUAUAGUACUUGA